AUGAAAGCUUUGAUUUUAUUAUUAUUGGGUUUGAGUGCAUAUGCAUUCACAGAGUAGAUGAUGUCUUUGGAAGAAUUAGCAAAUUUUAAUGUAAAAACAAUGGAUUGCUCAAGAUCAGAUCAAUUUUCUUUUAUAGAGAAACAAAUGAAGUAAUGGGAAGAUUUGUUAAUUCACUAAAAAGCUAUCUCUCAUGAUAUUAAAAUCUUAGAAUAAAUGGAGAAAAUGUUGACAACAAAGCAUCAUUCUUUCUUAGAAGCCUAAGUGAAAGUUUCAGGAAAGAAAUUAUUAAAGAAAUUGCACAAAUUAGAAUUACCUUUAACAAAAAGUAAGAUUGGUUUAAGUCAAGUAAAGGCUUUAAGAGAAUAAUGUCAUGGUUUAGAUUCUGAAAGUAUAUAUAAAUAUAAUAAUAUAUAUAGAUCAUGAAGAUAGAACAGCAGCCAAAAAAGAGUUAUGUAGAUUAUUAAGAGAAUAUAUAAAUAGUCUUAAUAAUUGUAGAUAAUAAUGUAGAAGUACACCAAUAACAGUAAUAAAGAUAAAAGGUUAAAUAAAAGAUCUUGAAAUCAUUCGAGGAGGAUGCACAACAAGUGGAUCUUAAACAGGAGUUAAGGUAACAUCUGAAGAUGAUGAAACUCAUGAAAUUACUAUUCAUCAUCAUCAUCAUGGAAAAACAACUUCAUAAGCAGCUGCACAUUCAGAAUCAGAUGCAGAUACAUAAGAAUAAUCAUCAGAACAUUCAACCUAAGAAUAAGCUGCAGAUACAGAAACUACAGAAGAAUAAACAGCAGCAGAAGAAUAAGCAGCAGCAGAAGAAUAAGCAGCAGAAGAAACUACAUAGACAGGAGAAGAAACUACAUAGACAGGAGAAGAAACUACAUAGACAGGUGAAGAAACUACAUAGACAGGUGAAGAAACUACAUAAACAGGUGAGGAAACUACAGAAGAAACAACUGAAGAAACUACAUAAACAGGUGAAGAAACUACAGAAGAAACUACAGAAGAAACAACAGAAGAAACUACAGAAGAAACAACAGAAGAAACUACAGAUACAACAGAAUGAUAAAGUAAUCAAAAUAAUAUUAAAAUAAUAAA